UCACGCAGCCAUCUUUGUGCAGCUAAUCCAGGCGCCUGUUUAUUACACCUUCAUUACCCGCACGGAUUCUGACAGCGCCGGGCGCCGAUAUAUCAGCCUCCAGCUGGACAAGAAGUAGACGUAGAAAGACGAUAUAUAUAUUUAUUUAUUUAUUUUUCCCAAAUAAAAGAGAGGAGGUUUUGUCGCGAAGGGACGCGUCUCUGUGGGAGUUAUAGAAGCCAGUGCUCCUCCUCGGCUAUAUAGGCAGGGAAACGCCACAAUAACCAAGCAAAGGGUGCCAGAGGCUAGAGAGGAGCGCAGGAGGCAAGCCACAUCCAUCUGACACUCACUUUGGUCCGUGCUAACGUUUCCAGUUCCGUUUUCAACCCAGCCGUCGAACCAGCGCUACCAGGAAAAUGUCUGCCCCAGCUGGAGCCCCUGCACCAGAGGGAGGGAAUCAGCCCCCCAACCUCACCAGCAACCGCCGUCUGCAGCAGACACAGGCACAAGUGGAUGAGGUGGUGGAUAUCAUGCGUGUAAACGUGGACAAGGUUCUGGAGCGUGAUCAGAAGCUGUCAGAACUGGACGACAGGGCUGACGCCCUGCAGGCUGGAGCAUCUCAGUUUGAGACUAGCGCUGCAAAACUGAAGAAUAAAUACUGGUGGAAGAAUGCCAAGAUGAUGAUUAUCCUGGGAGUGAUAUGCGUGAUUGUCCUCAUCGUCAUUAUUGUGUACUUCAGCACCUAAGAAGAGUCUGUCCUACCCCAGUCUGAUCCCAACAUCCUUGCCACAAAAAAAAACAA